CCAAAGGUAGAUAAGAUGUACAGCUGAUAAACUCAUAUGGAGGAUUAGAAAAUGAUUCCUCCAGAAAGUCCAUUUAAAACUGGUAUUAUUUUUUUUUUAAUAUGUAUUUAGUUUGCUUAUCCCAAUAUGCCUUGAGAAAAGUGUUCCGUAGUUUCCUCUACAGAAUAUUCAUAUUGUCAAAAUAUCUUUUUACAGAAUUUGAAUAAAAGAUGCAGAGUAAAAAAAAGUCUGACUUUUUCAUAAAAAUUCACGUUAAGAAAUGGACGUCUGGAGCCACUACAUGAAAUGACACGCAUCUUAUACCUCUGGUGUCCAGGCUACGAUGGUUUGUGAUAGCCGGACACCGAGCAAUUGUUUGUUUAUUGCAGGUUAUUGACCGAAAUACAUAGUUAUACAUUAGACUUUAUUAUUCUUGUUCCGCAAAACUUGUUUACUAAAAUCCAGUUAUUAUAACCAUUCUUGGCUCGUUGGAACCAGAGUGACGCCGAUGAAGACCGGACUAGCGGGGCAGCAAUGUGGCAAAUUGACUUGGAAAGACUGUGUCCUAUGAUGGUCCCAAGUGGAAUAUCCGUUACCUCUCUGGUACAGCAACCCAUUCUGCUGCAUAACCGCGUGCUUACACUCCUGCGUCAGAAAACGGCGUGACCCAAGUAGAGAAUUCCUGUAAUGAGUCCGCAUACUUUUGGCCACACAGCAUAAAUACCCAUCCAUUAUUUUAAUCACUUCGUCUGAUCUUUAAUCACAAAACACGACUAAGCUGGAUAUUUCCACACAGAUCCAUACCACUUACCAACUGAUUUAGCUAAAAUAAAAUGUAUAUGACUUAAAAAGACCUUCAAGAAAAUCGUGUUAAAUGGUAAAUUUGAGUGCAUUGCAAAAGAAAUUGGACUACGUCUUUAGGUUGAUAUUGGAUUUUUUUUUGCGCAUUUUCCCGAUUAAUUUACAUGGGUCAUAUUCAGAGUUGGAAAUUUCAGGUCCAGAAAGUAAAAGUCCAGAGCAGGAUUUUCUUUCAACCAACCAGUUGAGUAAAAGAGUCACAGUCACAGAGUACACAGCUGGUUGGUUGAAACAAAAUCAUGGUCUGGAUUUAUACUUUCUGGAUCUGAAACUUCCACAUCUGGUCAUGUUUAAUUCUUAUCAAUAGUCUUUACAAACCAUUCACAUUCUUAUGUCAAGCCAGCUACAUCUAACAACCACCGAGUCGGUGAAACCGGACUCCAGUCGCCACGCCCCCUGGCGCUUGGAGAGCUUUAUAGCUUUUCCUCUGGUCGCCGCUGGCAGACCUUUAUCUGCUGGCCGGCCGGACGUCGCCGAACAGGUUUCUGACCGUUUUCCAGUGUUAAAACGCCAUGUAACACAGGUGUAGCCCUGUAGACCUGCGCUAGUCAUCGCAUUUUCCCUGCGCUUCGGUUUCCCUCUCAUUUUUUAGCCCUUGUUUCAACUCAGGAAGUGUCAGAACAUUCCCAUGGACGCACAGAUUAGCACUGUAGACAGACAGCCCAAGAGAAAUGCAGUACGUCCAGCUUCGGUUGCCUCCAAGGUUCCUGGGCCACCAGGUUAUGUGGCCCCAUCUGCACCAGUGCCAAUGCCAGUUCCCCAGUGCCCCCCCGGCUGCCCCCCAGGACUGGAGUACCUGACCCAGAUCGACCAGCUGCUCAUCCAUCAGAAAGUUGACCUCACCGAAGUUAUACUUGGCUGGGAGACCAACAACAAGUAUCAGAUCAAGAAUAGCCUGGGACAGCACGUGUUCUACGCAGCGGAGGAGAACAGCUGCUGUAACCGGUCCUGCUGUGGAUCCAUGAGAUCCUUCGUGCUGCACGUCCAGGACAACUUCGGCCAGCAGAUCCUCACCAUCACCCGUCCUCUCAUGUGCAGCAGUUGCUGCUGCCCCUGUUGUCUGCAGAAGCUGGAGGUUCAGGCACCACCUGGGGUCCCCAUCGGCUACAUCGUCCAGAACUGGCACCCGUACCUCCCCAAAUUUACCAUCCUGAAUGAAGAGAAGGACCCUGUGCUGAAAAUCGUUGGCCCAUGCUGCGGUUGCAAGUGCUGCGUCGACGUGAAUUUUGAGGUCAUGUCCUUGGACGAGACAGAGAUAGUGGGCAGGAUCUCAAAGCAGUGGACGGGAGCCCUGCGCGAAAUUUACACCGACGCAAAUAAUUUCGGCAUCAGCUUCCCCUUAGAUCUGGACGUCAAAAUGAAAGCUGUCCUGUUGGGGGCGUGUUUCCUCAUCGAUUUUAUGUUUUUUGAAAACAACAAGUGAUGGGAUACCUCCGUAAAAUGAUUUUAUUUUGAUCUGUGAGCAGCCACAUACUUACCAAAAAUAUACCCGGAAGCAAGCUAAUUCUAUACCAAAAUGUUAUUACUUAC